UCCUCCUGCCAUUGGAUCGGCUCCAACGCCCCUUCCUUACUCACAGAACAGGUACAGUAUGUGCAGCAGGAGACAAAAGCCUCUCGUCACAUAGGUUUGUGUAAUCGCUGAGAGAAGAGAGGAACGUUGCAGACAUGGGGUACUUCUUCUUCUUGUCAUGGACAUGGACCCUGCUGGCUGCCCUCGUCACGCUGCUGUUUGUGUAUUCCUGCUGGACAUAUGGGACAUUUAAGAGAUUAGGCGUCCCUGGGCCCUCACCUAUCCCAUUUUUUGGCACCAUGUUGGCAUAUAGAAAGGGAUUUUUUAACUUUGAUGAAGAGUGUCAUAAGAAAUAUGGGAAAAUGUGGGGCAUUUUUGAUGGCCGUCAGCCCGUGUUGUGUAUCACUGAUCCUGCUAUGAUAAAAACUAUCCUGAUAAAGGAGUGUUACUCUUUCUUCACAAACCGCAGGAAUUUCCGUCUGAAUGGGCCGCUGUACGAUGCUGUGUCCAUUGCAGAGGAUGAUCAGUGGAGGAGGAUCCGCAGCGUCCUUUCUCCCUCCUUCACCUCUGGGAGAUUGAAAGAGAUGUUUGACAUCAUGAAGCAGCAUUCAGCUGUCCUGAUCAGCAGCAUGAAAAAGAAAGCAGAUAAAGAUGAACCUCUAGAGCUGAAAGAGUUUUUCGGACCCUACAGCAUGGAUGUGGUAACCAGCACCGCCUUCAGUGUGGACAUCGACUCUCUCAACAACCCCUCAGAUCCUUUUGUCAUGAACAUCAAAAAGAUGCUGAAAUUUGACCUUUUCAGCCCCAUCGUCCUCACUAUUGCCUUCUUUCCCUUCAUGAUUCCCAUAUUGGAAAAAUUGGAGUUUUCCUUUUUCCCUGCAUCUGUCACAGACUUCUUUUACGCUGCACUACAGAAGAUCAAGAUUGAUCGUGAGGGCAGCAAACAAAAGACUCGAGUGGACUUCCUCCAGCUAAUGAUCGACUCUCAGCAAAAUAAUGAUUCCAAACAGGAUAAAGGUCUGACAGAUCAUGAGAUCCUUUCCCAAGCAAUGACUUUCCUCUUUGCUGGCUACGAAACGACCAGCAGCUCUCUCACUUUCUUGUCUUACAAUUUGGCAACAAACCCUCAGGUGAUGAAAAAGCUGCAGGAGGAGGUGGAUGCAACCUUCCCUAACAAGGCUCCCAUCCAGUACCAGGAACUAAUGCAGAUGGAGUAUCUCGACUGUGUCAUCAAUGAGUCUCUCCGAUUGUUCCCCAUUGCUUCACGUUUGGAGCGUGUGGCCAAGGCCAGUGUGGAGAUAAAUGGCUUUGUGAUUCCAAAAGGUAUGGUUGUCGUGGUCCCCACCUGGCCGAUGCACCGGGACCCCGAGAUUUGGCCUGAACCAGAGAAAUUCAAACCUGAGAGGUUCAGCAAGGAAAACAAGGAGACAAUUGAUCCGUACAGCUACAUGCCUUUUGGAGCAGGCCCGAGGAACUGCAUUGGGAUGCGAUUUGCUCUGGUUGUGAUGAAACUUGCAAUAGUGGAGAUCCUCCAGAGGUACAGCUUCUCUGUGUGUAAGGAGACCGAGGUGAGAGCCCAGAUCAUCUUCUCUGACUGUUAGUUUUGUGUGUUUUUG